AUGGCUAUCACGCGCGCCCCAACCGUCCACGACGACGAUGAGCCGGGCGACUACCCCUCGCAGCCGUCUCAGCCGUCGCAGCCGUUGCAACACCAAGGCCCUCCCCCACCGACUCACCCCGCUCACCCCCCCAACACCCUGCACCAGCGCUCCCUCUCCGAGGCCUCGACAGUGAGCCUUGACAUCGAGGCAUGGACCGUCUCAGCGCUCGAAUCGCUUAGCAUUGCGCCCAUCGCGCGCGGGACCGGGUCCGCCCUGUCCAUUCCACUUGACGGUGCUGCUGCUCCGGUUUCGGGGGGCCGCAAAGGUGGUGAUGGAGCGGUCGGUGAGGACGCGCAUCAUGCGGGCGCGGGCAUGACGCUGCGCGGUGUUGUGUUUGAUAGCAACGCGGAUACCUAUGGGGCGAACAUCGUGCCCCCGCGCCGGCCCCCUUCUCGUCGCGAUAGCAUGCGCAAGCGUGAUGCGCUGCUUAAGGGCAAGGAGGGGAGCCGGCAGCGGCGUCGGUGGGAGAAUGACCGCCUCCUCCACGUUCCCAACGUCGUCCCGCCUCAGCCCUCUGACUGGGAAAUCCACCCCACCCACCGCGUCCUCCCAACUGUGCCCUACCAGCUAGCCCAAUAUUGGGACAAAGGUCUACGCGAGCAGCAUCUCCGCCGGACUAGCGAUGGUACCCGCCGUCGUGGAGGCAAGGCUGCCCAGACGUCGUCGCCAGGCACCGCAGACCCCGAGCUCGGUCACGUCCCGCGUGACCUGCGCAACACAGCCAAGCGCACGCCCGCUGUCAAGUCCUGGUUGCGCGCUCUGGAAGAGCCAGUGCGUGCGUUUGUUGUUGAGCGUGGUUUGGCUGCCCCCCUUGCCGCUACUGCUGCUGCUGCUGCUGCGGCCGACCAUGCGGCCGACGAUAACAACAACGCCGCCAACAACAGCAGCAGUGACGAGACGGAUCCGGACGACGAAGAGAUCGUGUUUGUGGGCCGGCGCGGGCUGCGCACGCGUGACGGGAAGCCGCCACAAGCAGCGUGCCGGUUCAAGAUGGCGCAACGACAGGUAGCUGGGCGGGCUGGGGAGGAAGAGGUGGGAAUGGUGCUGGAAAUGGGUGAGGAUGAUGGGAGGGGCGGAAGUGGGAAUAGCGGCGGGGCUUUCAAACGCUGGCUCACGCACUCCAUCUCGGAUUAUUAUGGCCUCGACUCCAAGUCCGCAUUAGUCGGGAACCCAGCCCGUCGCGUUAUUUACGUUGGCGUGAAGCCUAAUCCUAGGCCAAAGACGAAGCAACAACACGCGGCAGCUGGGGUUCACCAUCACCAGUCACACACCAGCGAGCUUGGCAGACUGCCCGCCUUACCACCGCCUUUGUGGGAAAUGUUUUAA